CUUCAGUCAUCCGCGUUCGCAGCGACUAUCCAACAGGGCGCAUCAAAUCGGCAUCUCCCCAACAUCACCACCCCAACUCAAUCGCCGCCAACUUCAAUUCGGAGAAAUGGCAAUCAUCGGUGCAGAAACCGAUGCCGUGCCGCAGGUAGUGUUUCGACACGGAAAGAAAGGGAAGACCUACCGGCAACGAGCAGAAGGGUCAAGCAGCGCAACGGGCAGCGGCGAGACGCCGGAUCAAGCCGGACAUGGCACAUCAAACACCACCAAUACAACGACAAUCGAGCGAGAUGAGGACGAAGAAGGGCUCUCAGUCGCCGAGGUGUUGCGGAGACGCAACGCCCGAAAACACAAGCAUGGCGGCGUCGGGUUCCGGGCAGGACCGUCUGGGCCCGGCAACGACGCGGUGGCAAGCGAGGAGAAUGUGGAGCGGGGGUUAGUCGCUCAUGGCAAUGCAGAUGCAGAGCAAGGGCCGGAGGCAGCGAUAAUUGGCGGCAUCUCGAAGCGUUUCGCGCCUCAAACGGGCUUGGUGGGCGAGCUGGUCAACAAGCACAUGGAGGAGUACGUAGAAUCCGAGUUGGCUAGACGAAAGCGGCACGCCGCAGAGGCCGCCGCGCAGCAGCAACAACAACAGCAGCAGAUGGAGCAACGAGGGCGUGAGGAGCUCACGUCAAAUGCGGCCGAUGGCCAGCUCGGUUCGAGGCUGGCGGCCCCCGGUGGCCAGAAUGAUUCCCAGCGAGUAUUGCAGGGCCGGCUGCUCGAAAUCGACCUCGGCGACGAGGCGCGGGCGCGUAAUAUUGAGAUGACAGAGCGCGCAAGAAGGCGGCUGCAAGGGCAAAUCGACGAGGAAGAGGACGAAGAGAGCAAGGGCCGGUCAAAGAACGGUCGCCUUGGGCGAGAUGGCAAGCCCUUGCGAUCGAGAAACCGCCGCGGAAGCGACGAUAUCAAACGCGAUCAGCUUGUGGAGGAGUUCUUGAGCGAAAACAGACUCGACAUGUACGACACGACACAGUCGGGACAGGCAGGGAACUCGACUGCGCUCGAGGACGAGGAGGGAGCUGCCGACGAUCGGAUCGCCGAGGCGUUCCGGCGCGAGUUUAUGAAUGCAAUGGCGCAGCGAUCGCGGCGGAGGAGAAUGGCCCACUCGUCCAAACCCCGAGCGAGGAAGCAGGAAGAGAUCCUCCGGGGCCCGAAGCUUGGCGGCAGCCGCAACGCAAGAGCCGCCAUGCGGGAUCUAUUGCUCAAGGAACAGGCGAGCAAGAAGAAGAGAUGAAGAGGCAGCGGGGGGGAAGAGGGGGGAGCGAGGAGGUUGCAAGGUCAGGUUGGCGAAUCAGGACACCGGUUUUCUCUUUUGGCAACUUGUUCAAUGCUCUCAUCUUUGUUCGCAACACUCGCCCGCUGAAAUCAGAGUAUGGAUUAUUCGGUAAACAUACAUGCCUAGUGUACUCGGCCCUUGUGAACUACCGCCGUACGCUACCAGUGGACUCCCCUCACGCCACCCUUCGAGCGGAAUGCUCUAGAGGAAAUAUUCUGGACACACUUUGUAAACUAGGGAUUAGUGUUCUGGACUGUGUCCAUAUUUAAUUCAGUACACUAACUUUUAGGAACACACGUGAAGACUAAAAUGGUGGGGGUAACGGAUGGAUAGAGGCAGAAAGGAAUGCGAGAAUCAG